UUGGACGUCGUCACGGUUGGCCUUUUGUCGCAACAGUCACAUUGAGAACUGGCGCAAUUCAUUCGGUUACCACAAGAAGACGUGUUAAGCUGGCAACUGAUAUGAACAAAAUAACGGCCGUUACGGCGGCCACUUUGCUGUUGCAGCAGCAGCAGCAACAGCCGAGACACCAUCGGCAUCAAGAACGCGGAAAUCAAAUUUCACACGGUGUAACAAGUAGAAACCACGUCGAUGGUCGUACGACUCCGAUAUCCGAUUGUUCGAAUCAACAGUCAAUUCACAUAAAAAGACCAAUGAACGCGUUUAUGGUGUGGUCCAGAGGACAGCGGCGCAAAAUGGCUCAGGAAAAUCCCAAAAUGCACAACUCGGAGAUCAGCAAAAGACUAGGGGCAGAAUGGAAAUUGCUAACUGAACCACAAAAACGACCUUUCAUUGACGAAGCCAAGAGAUUGAGGGCACUUCACAUGAAAGAACAUCCCGACUACAAAUAUCGCCCACGUCGAAAGCCCAAGGCGAUGGUUCAAAAGAAAGAGCAAAUAUCCAACUGUCCAACUAGCGGCAAGGGAUGUACGGUGCCCUAUUCCGUACGCGACUUGGUUCCGCAAGAGUCGAUUGAGGCAACAGGACCCCCCGAGCAUACCGGAGCGGCCGUGGUGAAAUUCCCACGCGCAUACUUUUCCCCGUAUCACCAUCACCCUCACCAUUACCAGCCGUCUUUCUACCAUCAGGUCGCUAAAGAUCUGUCGGUAAAUGCAGCUGUCGGAAGCAACGAGACCACCGGAAAAACCGUCCACGAUUUGGCUCUACACGCACUUUAUGAAAGUUCGCUAUACUCGCGUGCCGUAUCGUUGGCUACCGCGUGGCCCAUUAUGACUGCCGCCGCAGCUGCCACGGCCACUGCCACUCUUUGUCCCGUCAACUGCACAGAAUGCAGUGACAGGCCACCACUUUCCGUACACGAAUCGUCGCGGUCCUCCUCAUCGUCGCCACCGCACCCGCCGUCGUCUUCCACAGCGUCGCCCACUUCACUUGUCAAGCGUCCAAUUGCGUUGGUCGUUAAACAAGAUCUUAUGCCGCCUCCUCAACACGUCAUAUGAAAGCCAUUGCCGGUUCUACCGGAACCGGCUCCUUCUGUUCCCGCCGAAAUUCAUUGCAACAGCAACUGGUCUCGACGACAGUGGUCACCGUCCUCGCCUUCGUCUCCAACGUCUUUGGCGUCAUUCCCACAACCACCAUUAAUGCCAACCCAACCGCCAACACCUUGGUGGUUACAACAACUUCAGCAACAGUUGAUCAUGUGCAACAGGAACGCGAUCCGUACAACAGAAUCGCCAGAUCGUAGGAUCGAAUAGGUUAACUACCAAAAAUCAAAAUGCAUUUAAUUAUAUACAAAUGGUACUUAAAUUAUUUAACUCUAUACGAGGUGCUAUUGCGUGUAGUGAUCGCUCUUAUUUAAGUUUUCUGAUAUAUUUACUCAAAUAACGAUUAUUUCCGGCUCAGAAAGUAAUACAGCGUGAACCAGAUCUAAUUGACAGCUCUUGAUAACUUUUGAUACAAUUAAUAUUUCGUCUAGAUUUUCAAAAAUAAUUUAUACAUUCUUAGACCACGUUAAAAUGAUAUUUUUUGUUAUUUAUUUUUUAAAAUAAUAAUAAUUAAAACAUUUCUAUUUUUUAGUUAUGAGAGUUGUCAGUUAGAACUGGUCUACUCUGUACAUGAACAUGAUUUUGAUUGGAAAAAUAAAUAACAAUUAACUUACAAGUCACUUUACCACUCGACGUGAACUUCUAAAGUGUUUUCAGUUAUUUUACUUUAUCACUUCUGUACGAAUAUUAAAUUAAAGUGAAACACCAGUAACAACAGUCUCAAAUACUUAAAAAAUAAUAAAGAUAUAACAUCAAAGUGAACGCGUAUCUUAUGUUUUUACGCUGACACUAAUGACACAUAAAUUUGUUGCAACUUGUACAAUCAAAACGCAUUAGCUGUUACUGUGACAGUCUUUAUAAACUUUUAAAUGUUGACACAUUUUACAUAAGAAAAGUUGUUGUGCGUACAGAUAAGAGUAUACGAUAACCUUAAGUUGAUUGACUGGUCUAUUGUGUUUUUAGAGUCAUUUUUAUAAUUAUAUUGUACUUUUGAUUUAUCGCGAAAAAUCAAUUCAAUUUAUAAAUAAGUUAUUCUUAUAAAUACAUUUCUAUAACAAACAAAUGUGAAAUAAAUUUUCUAAAUGAAUAAUAUUCGUACGCAGAGAAAUCAAUAAUACUUCUGUCAUCCAUUUUAAAUUAGUUCAUGAAUAUAAUAGUCUUUUUACAGACUCAUUGUCGAAUAACGUAACAAAAAUAAAAUAUUUUAUUUUUAUAAAACUGAUUACAUUUAUAGAAGGCAAAGUAUAUCCAUUCAUAUGAUAAAAUUCAUUUACAAUGACCCACCCGUUGUACAAACAAUCUAAUUCAUUUAAAUUAUCUAGUUAACGCCAUAAAUACAUUUAUCAUGUAUACUAGUUAAAACAUAACAUAUUGUUUUUUAUGUAAAAUAUUUUUUCACGAAUCGUGCAAUAGUAACAUUGUAAUGUCUUAAAUUAAUAUAUUUUUGUUUUUUAUCUA